UGAAAAUGCUACGAUUGUCAAUGUGACAAUGACAGUGACACUGACAAUUUUUUAUAGGUUAGCCGCUUUAAACUGUUCAAUUAAUUAAUUUUAAUAUUUGUAACGCUAACGUGUAUAUCUUAAAACACCUAACGGUUAAAAUUACAUAACAGCUUAUCUAGUAACAUACUCGUAAACUAAUCAACGCUUCGGCAUGCGUAGUGAGGUCGGUUAACCUAAGUGUUCAAGUGUUUUGAAUAGUUUAAAUUAAAGUUUAAUAUCUCCGUUUACAAUGGAUGCAGAUUAUGAUAACAAAAUCGCAGAGCUCAAGAGUAAGAUAAAGAGCUAUCCAGACUUCCCUAAAAAGGGUAUCUUAUUCUGGGACAUAUUCUCAGCCAUAUCCGAUGGUGCCACAUGCAGGCUACUCCAGGGCCUGCUAGCAGACACAGUACGCAACAAGUUUCCAGGCAUCGAGGCAGUAGUGGGGCUGGAGUCUCGGGGCUUCCUGUUUGCGUUCUCCCUGGCUGCGGAGCUUGGGGUGGGGUGUCUGCCUGUGCGGAAGAAGGGCAAGCUACCAGGGGAUGUAGUGUCUUAUAAAUAUGAUUUGGAGUAUGGGUCGGACAUUCUGGAGAUCCAGAAAGGCUCUGUUAGUCCUGGCCUCAAGUGCCUCAUCGUAGACGACCUCAUUGCCACCGGCGGCUCCCUGUCCGCUGCUGUGAGCCUUCUCAAGACCACAGGUGCUGAUGUUGCCGGCUGCUUAGCAGUUCUGGAGUUGGUGUCGCUAAAUGGCCGCCAAAACAUUCCACAAGGUAUUCCUGUGCAUUCUUUGAUCCAGUAUGAUUAACAUUUAAUAAGGGAGCAUUUAAACCGUUUAUAAGAUCAGCUAGAUAGGCUUAAGUGUAGCUAUCAGGAUUUUUAUUACGUAUAUACAUAUAUAUUAUGUUGUUCUAAUUGUAUAUCAUACCAACUAUUUCAUAAGGGUUUUGAAUUGAACAGGCUCAUUAAGAAAAGUACAAAAGCAUUUGAAAUAUUUUUAAAAUAUACAAUUGUCUUAUAACUUAAUAGAGAUAAGAUUUCCCGAUAAUAUAGCUGUGUUGUUAUACUACUACUACUACUAUUGUAGGCUAUUUUAUAAAUAUAUAGGUACACACUGCAGUGUUGUACGACUUUUCUUCCAACUUGGCACGCCACACUGCUGUGUGUCUCUAUCCAAAAUUAAAUGUACUCAUGUUAAAAUGCUAUGUUAUGGAUGCUUAUUUAAAAUGAGCAAAAUAUUAAGUACAACAUAAUUAUAUUUGGUUAUUAGUAUUAUAGUAGUUGUAUAGAUUAGAAGAUCACCUAUGCCACAAUAAACAGGGUUAAAAUAAUGACCAUCUAAUCGCAGGCCAUCUUAAUUAGACAGUUAAAAUUUUCAGUGAAUAUUUUUGCUCUUGCUAAAACAAAUAGUAAACAAUAUCAAUAGGGAAUAUAACGCGAAACUCUGCGUAGGGGACCACUACCACAAUCCAAAGAGCAUAUAAUUACUACGUUUUACCACAAUCCAUCAAUCUGAGGGUCUACCGUGAAAGAAAAUCGAAAUUUGGUUAUCUAACCUCUCUAUCACUCUUGCCUAUUUGAGCGAUGAAGAGGCGGAUAGUUAAAUUUCGAUUUUCGCAUUUCCCGGUAGGCCCUUUGUAAACAAACCGCCUUGAUGCAUCAAUGACAUAUUAUAGUAUCUGUAAAAACUUGUCAAAAAACAGUUUAAGGCACAGUAUGUCUAAGUUACUCUAUGGUUUAUGAAAAGUAAUACUCCCUAUUAUUAAAAGAACUACCUGAUACAAAAAAUCUGUUUGAUCUUUUUGUGUUCCAAAUGAUCAGAAAACAAAAAACUACUAACAAUACAUACCUAAAUCAAAAUAACUCAUCUCAUGUUAAAUGUUGUCGAUGGUACAGGACCCUUUGUGUGCUAGUAACUAGUAAGUAUCAUUGAACCCAAUUGUGAUUUAAAAUCUCAUCAUUCCUGUUGCUAUCUAAUUAUUUAAGUACCUACAUAUUGUACCUACAAGGAAGACGAUUUAUUAAAUAAAAUAUUUGCAUUGUUUUAA